CAUUCGAAGCAAAUGAAUGCUAGAUUGUGAUCAGAAAGGUACUCUUUCAUAACCCGUCUUUGUAACUAGAUUAUUAUUACACGGCACCCGUUCAUUUUAUAUGCUCUGUUUAUUUAACAGAGCUAUAAGUUGUAUUGUAAUUCUUCUGCUGGAACUACAACUACCAAGAUGCGCUGCAGUGAACGCGGGUGUGUAAACACAACUCUAGGAAACAUGAAACGGUCGGGUGGCAGUGAGAGCGAGAAGCGAAGAAAGAGGCGCAGGCUGCUGCAGGAGCUAGGAGACCAGCGCAUCCCCUACCUCGGGCCCUCAGACCAUGGCUUCCAACAGCUGUGGGAGACUAGUUACUCUGGCCUGGCUCUGCGGCGGUCCUGCUCCCUGCCUGAGGAGCUCCAUGGUCGGGUGGAGGCUGCUCUGUUCACCCUGCGGCGGAGGGGCUGUUUCCUGAGGGACCUGGUGAAGGUGAGGGACCGAGACGUCUUCACCGCCGUGUCCCGGGUGCUGCUGGGUCAGCCAGGAACCACCUACCGCUAUCUGGACACGCGGCUCUUCACCAUCCCCUGGCACAUAGACGAGCAGAGAGGGACCUGCUGCGACCCAGACCUCAGCGCCGCCUGCAAAGCACUCUGGGAGCUCAACUGCUUCUUUUGCUCUGAUGUCGGAGACAGGAAGGAGGGGGAUGUUUUCAAGCAGUGCAGGAAAGAGUUGGUUGGUGCUAUAGAGUCUAAACCCAGUGUAGAAGGAGACACAGAGUCUAAAGAUAGUGAGGAGUCCAAACCCAGUGACGAUGGAGGAGACUCGGAGUCCAAGCAGAGUGAGGAGGGAGAGACUGAGUCAAAGCACAGCGACGAUUGGGACAUAGAGUCAAAACACAGUGAAGAGGAAGGCUCAUCGUCCAAACAGGAUGCAGCAUGGGAGUCAAGACACGGCGACGAGAUGGGAGACAUGAAGACUAAACAAACUGAAUUGGGGAGUCCAACGGCAUCAAAACAACACAGUGAUGGAAAACAUACAGGCUGGAAGCACAGGCCAGCUGGCAGCACAGAGACAGAGACCACAGACCUAGGCCCUCAGGAGAAGCCUGUGGCUGAGCUAAAACACAGUCUCUCUGGGUACCACAUUGAAGAUGAGGAGGAUGAAGACCAGCAGAGUGGCCAGGGAUGCUCUAACCUCAACCCUGCUAAGCCAUCCUGUCCUGGCCCGACCCAGUUCAACGUCACCCUGCUCAACUACAUGGACCCAGCAGUUAUGAGCCAGCUGAAAGAAGAGCCAUAUUAUGGGAUGGGUAAGAUGGCUGUGGGCUGGCACCAUGAUGAGAACCUGGUCAGCUUAUCUCCUGUGGCCGUCUACAGCUACAGCUGUCAUGACGACAAAGGUGAGGGUGUGAGCUCGGAGGAGGGUCCUGCAGAGAAGGGCUGCUGGAGGAUUGGUCUAAAGGUGGCCUGGGACAUCCACACCCCUGGACUGACCCUCCCACUGCAGUCCGGAGACUCCUACUACCUUAGAGAUGACCUGAACAGGACCCAUCAGCACUGUGUUCUGGCUGGAGACUCAGCCCGCUUCAGCUCUACACACAGAGUGGCGGAGUGUUCCACCGGGACCCUGGAAUACAUCCAGUCCCGCUGCCGAGAGGCCCUGUCUAACCUGAGCACAGACCCAGAAACAGGGACCCACUGCCUGCUGUCUCUGCUGCCAGCUACCCUGCAAGGCUACGAGGAGAUACACAACGAGGUGGAGUUUGAGUGGCUGAGGCAGUACUGGUUCCAGGGCCAGCGUUACACCCGGUUCUGCAGCUGGUGGGCCAGACCCAUGGAGCAGCUGGAGAAUGACUGGAGAGAGAUGGAGCUCAUGUGUGGAGCGCUGAGCAGUAAUCACAUCUAAUACUCAAGCGGGGAUAAAGAGAGGAGCCUGGAGAAGCACGGUGCUGCUCUGCACUGAGACACAGGAAGGCAGUCAGUCAGACAGGCAGGCUGGCAGGCAGGCAGUCAGUCAGACAGAAAGGCAGGCUGGCUGGCUCACUCGCGUCCACACAGCCAGGAGGAGGAGGAGACGGGUCUAAUCUCAUCUAGAGCUCAGAUGAAGUGUGUGAUUUGAACCUGUACUUAGAGAGGAGCAGGAGUGAGAUGUGAAGACUUGAUCUGUGUGUCUCUCUCUCUCAUGAUAAACCAGCCAUCUCUCUCUCUCUGAUGGCCAACCAGCUGUGUGUGUCUCUCUCUCUCGCUCUUUCUCUCUGAUGAUAAACCAGCCAUCUCUCUCUAUCUCUGAGGUGAUAAAACAGCCAUCUCUCUCUCUCUCUCACUCUCACUCUCACUCUCACUGUCAACCAGACCCCACUCACCAUUUAAUUUUCCCUGGCACUAGUCAGACAUGCAGAUGUGUGUGUGCUACACAUUGCCUUGAGUAGUCUACAGCAUCAUUUUUUAUUAAAAAAAAAAUCCUCAUUCCCUUUAGAACAGUGUUUGUUCUCUAUUUUGUAUUUUAUAUUAGAGGCAUGCUGUUAAUUUAUACUUUCCCAUUUAGCUUCUGUAAACUCUAUUUACUAGUUUUCUUCUUUAUCAUUUAGUAUUUUACUGAAGGUGCAUUGUGUUGUUUUCUAAAUGAAACAACAUGAAGUAGUUUAUCAGCGAGGUAUUUGUCUUUGACCCAUUAAGUAAAUCAAACCAUGCUCGUUGUGUUUGUGGAAAAUGAACAAAUCAAAUGGGCCACUAUUGUUGAUGGAGGCUCUUUGUGCUUUCAUAAGCAAUAUUGUACCACAUACUGAUUAAAUAGGCCUUUCUUAGUAUUAUAGAAAACAGUCAUAUAUUCAUUUUUAUUUCCCUUUUUUCGAUCGCUUAUGUUUGUUUAUUACACUUCUAUUUGAAUUGUCAAAGGAUUUUAUAACUUACUUACAUUUUUUAUAUUUUCAUAUACUUAUACAUAAACUAUUUUUAUUAUCAUUUUUUAGCAAAACUAUUUAAAAUAUCAGAAUAUCAGUGUGUCAGUUGGUGUUUUUCUCUGGUCACAUUUGACUAUUUAAAAAAUCUGCAGUGUCCUAAAUGUAUGACAUUUGAAUAUUUAUUCAUAUUUUGGGAUAAUUUCAUGCUGUAUGCUUAAUCUUGAAAAUGUUAACCAUAUUAGACACA